AUGGACCAGAGGAAGCAAAAACCAGAACGAGGGUUGGACUAUAGCACUUUACGGGUCAGAAUAAAGAAUGAGACAUCUGUCUCACAUAACACAAAACAGGAGACCAAGAACCGCCUGGCACCCUUUACUAACCUCCGCAAGAAGCACCUCAGCAAGAAUCUGAAGGAGGAGAAAAGGGCCUUACAAGAAGAGAUCAAGGUCUUUUGGGAGGAGAAUAAAAAUUUCCAUGAAGAGAUCAAGGCCUUUCAAGAGGAGAACAAAGCCCAGGCCAUGGGAUUAGAGAUUAAGGCCUUCCGAGAAAAGAACAAGAACUUCAUGGAAGAGAUCAAGGCAUUUCUGGAGGACAACAAGGCCUUGCUGGAAGAGAUCAAGGCCUUCCAACUGAAAAAGAAAGCUUUCCUGGAACAGCUUAGCACCAUUCAAGAAAAGAUUGAAGCUUUCCAGGAGAAGAUCAAAGUCUCUGAGGAGGAGAUUGCGGUCUUUGAGGAAAGGAAUGAGGCUUUCCGCGAAACAAUCAGGGUCUUCCAGAGAAAAAACAAGGGCUUCCAAGAAAAAAAUAAGGCCCUGCGUGAGAAAAACAAAGCCUUGCAGGAAAAGAAUGUAGCUGCCCAGGAGAGGAAUAAUACUUUCUGGAAGGAAUACAAAGCUUUCUGGAAGAAGGACAAGGUCUUCUGGGAGGAGGAUAUGGCCAUCUCAAGGGAUAAAAUGGCCCUCUGGGAAGAGUACAUGGCUUUCAGGGAGAAUGAUCAAGACCUACAAGAGGAAAAGGGAACUCUUUGGGACAUGGUAGAAGUCCUGUGGGAUGAGAAAUAUGCCCUGUGGAAGAAGGUACACAGCCCAGCAGGAGAAGAACUAUCUCAAGGUGCAGAGAACAAUGCUGAUGGUGAUCAUGGCCCAGCUGUACAUACUAUGACAAACGCACCAGAGGGACCAAGGCAGGUCUAG